AUGAAUCUACCUGCAUACCUGGAAGGGCAAGUGAUUGCAAUUGAUUCUUCGUACGUGCGCAUACCUCAGUACAUCGCUGAGAAAUCGUUGCUAGUCCAGAUCUUGGAACGCAGUGCGGGGCAGGCGGAGUCCGAUGUCUUGAGUCAGGAACUGGUCAAGGGUGCCAAGCGGACAAGUUAUGACGCUGAAACGAUGCGACUAACACUCGUUAUGCCGGAUCAAGCAGCUGCUGAGUGA